AUGCCAUUGUUUUACGGCCGAGGGUUGUUUGGAUUGCCGGGGAUAUUGCCGUAUAGAGUGCCCAUCACUACAGUUGUGGGUAAACCCAUGGAUGUGCCGCUAAUACCGGAGCCAUCGCGCGAACAGAUCGCAGAAUAUCACCGAAAAUAUAUCCAAUGCGGUCGUAUAAGCCAUUGGGUGAGGAAUAUGUCGUUUUGGAAACACUGCGCCAACUAUUUUCCCGUCAAAUUAGUCAAAACCGAGGACUUGGACCCCGAGAGGAACUACAUGUUUGUGUGUCACCCGCACGGCGUAAUGUUGUGCUCACAUAUGGUUAACUUUGGUACUGAGGGCACCGGCUUUACACAACUUUUCCCGGGUCUUACCUCUCAUAUACUAACACUGGAGAGUCUAUUACGGGAACCAUUCCGGAGGGAACUGUUACUUGCUAUGGGCUUUGGUGCUGCUACAAGGACCUCGAUGAAGUGGUAUUUAACACAUCCGGGUAAAGGACAGGUAUUGGCACUGAUUGUAGGCGGCGUUCUCGAGUCAUUUGACACGAUUCCCAAUACAAUGAGAUUGACGUUAAAUAAUAGGUUCGGGUUCGUUAAGCUGGCACUCGAGCACGGGUAG